AUGCAUCGUAUUCUCAUUGUUUUGUCUUAUGUUGUUUUCAUAAGUUAUAUUAAUGGAGCUUCGUUUAAAUCACGAACAUCAAUUCAUAGAGAUGCUAUCGAAUUUGCUAACUUGGUGGAAACGUUUUGGGCUUCAAAACCUGCUGAAUUUAACAAAAUAGAAUCUUUUAUACAUUGCAAAGUUCUAGAAACAUGCUGUGAAGAAAAACAACGUAAAGAAGCAAUACCCUUAGUUAUUUCAGAGUUACCCGAUGAUAAAAAUCGCUUUCUGGAAAUUGUAGAAUCAUGUAUUAAUUCAACAGAACAAAAUGGAGCAGAUAAAUGGUGUCGAACAUACUCUCAAGAGAUAAUCUCACCAUGGGUUCUUUUGUCAAAUUUCCAUUAUAUUAGUGGAGCUUCGUUUCAAUUGCCAACAACAAUUGAUAAUGAUGCUACUGAAUUCGCUGACUUGUUGGAAAAGUUUUGGAAUUCAAAACCUGCUGAAAUUAAUAAAGUACAGCCUUUUAUAUAUUGCAAAGUUUUAGAAACAUGCUGUGAAGAAGAACAACGUGAAGAAGCAAUACCCUUGUUUUUUCCAGCGUUUUCUGGUGAUAAAAAUCGUUUUCUAGAAAUUAUGGGAUCAUGUAUAAAUUUAACAGAACAAAAUGGAGGAGAUAAAUGGUGUCAAACAUACUCUCAAGAGAUAAUCUCACCAUGGGAUCUUCGGUCAAAUUCACAAGUAGAGCAGUUUGAACAGUUGUUAGACAAAUUUGACAAAAAAGUUAACAUAUUCGAUGCCAGUACAACGGAACUUUGUGACGACGAGGAAAAGUAUGCUUUUAUGUGUCAAUCUAACAAGAAACUAAUUCAAAGAUGUAUUCAUAAACUUCUUCGAAACGCGAUUAAGCGCUUUGGUUACAAGUCUUAUAAGAAACUUGUAAUGGAAAACAAACAAGCAAUCAAUGAUAUUUAUCAAGAAUGGUCUGCAGUAUCUAUGAAAGAUGGUGAAACAAAUUAA